AUGUCACACGAGCGCAAUACUACCAUAGGUACAGAAUCAAGUCCCUCGUUUCUCACCCGGAAGCAACGCAUCCGCCCAUCCCCGUCCAUCACCAAUGUCCUCCUGACUACCACCCUAUCUCUGAACCCCCCCAACCCAAACCACGCCCAGCACCACCAAUCUCGCCCCGAACCUCGAGUGUGCCGCGUUCUUUCAAUCCGGCAACCACACCCGGGUAUCCGGAUGGACAUCCACGAAACACUGCUCCAGACCCACUCUGGUCUCCGUGUCCAGCGGUGA